CGAGGGAGCGACUAGAGAGGGCCCGGUGGGAUGAAGAGGAUAACGGGGUCUACCGGGGCCUGGCUGGCUGUACUGGCGGCGGCUUGGGCGCUGUGCUGCGGCCAGGAAGAGUUCCCCGAGUGCGCCCCUAGCGGCCAUGUGGUGCUUGACAACCCUUACCGGAGCGUGGCGGUGGCUGAUGUACCCGCAGCGCGGAGGAUCUGUGACCGGGACCUGCAGCCGGGCUGGUACAGGCUCCAGCUGCACGGCAAGGACGCACAGAUUCCUACAUCAUGCGUGCAGAUGAACCACUGCGGGACCCAGGCGCCCAUCUGGCUGUCCCUGGGGGACGGGAGCCUCCCCACCCCAGGGGAGACCGGGGCCUUUACCGGCUGCGUGGUGUGGGGCUUCCCGGGGCAGACCCCCGACUGCUGCCUGCUCCGCAUGCCCGUCAAGGUCCGCAACUGCGGGGACUUCUUUGUGUACCAUUUACAACCCGCGCAGGGAUGUAUGAUGGCGUACUGCGCCGUGGGUGAGCGAGCCAAGUGCCGGCCCGGGAUGUACUCAGCAGACGGGUACGAGCCCUGUAGAAAACCACAUCCCUCCAUCACAACCACGCCCUUCAUCCGGCCGGCCGUGAUUGGUCGAACCGUGUACCUGAACUGCUCCCACCAAUCAGAGGCCUCUGCUGAGUCAGGUGACGUGGAGUACGAGGUCACGUGGUUCCGAGCGAGGUAUAACGGCGAGCGGGCGGAGAUCACCAUGGCGAAAACACGGCAGCCCUUCUCUCUGCUGCGGAGGGGGGCGCAGUGGAGGGUCGGGGAGACGAUUCUGUGUAAGGUGCAGGCAUACUACAUUGACACCCCAGAGCUCAGAGAGGCCGGAAAGGAGAGCAAGCCUUUCUUUGCUGGCAUGAAGAUCUACCCACUGCAGUCAGUGAUACAGGAAAAUGGCAAAGUGCACGAUCUAACCUUUGAACUCACGGUUCCCGUCGUGUGCCAGUCCGACAUUUGCAGACUGAAGAUUCCACUCAACGUCAGAGACAAGGAUGGAGCGUUACCACCCGACAUCGCUCUAUCGGAGUGUACAGUAGAUAUCCCGUCCCAGCCCUGCACUGCUGAACACUGUGGGAAGCAGGUCGUGCACAUGUCCGCCGUCACAGACUUCGUGGCCAACGGGAAACGGAAGAGCGUCAUCCUGACCCAGGAAGUGAAAAGUGAAGACCAGAACUGGCUCAUGUAUGACCCGGAAGAUAUUGAGGUAGUUGUGGAAGACGUCCCCACGGCGCGCUGCUACUCCUUCACAGACCCACACGUCAUCACCAUGGACGGCACAAUGUACGACUCCUACAAAGCUGGUACCUUCAUCAUGUACAAAAGUACUUCAAGAGACUUCGAGGUGCACGGUCGAGCGUGGAACUGCGGCAGCCCGUUCCGCCCGGUCGCCUGCCACUGCGGCUUUGUGGCACGGGAGAACGCUGACGUCGUCUCCGUGGACAUGUGUGAUGGGAACCCCGGCGAGACCACCGCGCAGGUCAAGGUCAAGAGCGACCUCCCGCUUGCGCCUGGCGUGGAGAUCACUGAGAUGUAUGAUGGGAAGAGAGUCGUGGUAUUCUUCCCAUCUGGUGCGUUUGUGCGAGCGGACAUCGCGGGGUGGGGCAUGUCGCUCACUCUGCAGGCGCCCGGCCGGGACUACAACAGCACCCGCGGGCUUUGCGGAACAUUCGACGGCAACGGCAGGAACGACUUCCACGACAGGCAGGGCCGGCUGAUGGCCGUGUCGCAAAACUUUGGACAGGUCAUCGAGUUUGUGGAGCAAUGGAGAAUCCCAGUAGGGAUGAGUAUGUUUGACAAGCUGCCUGAACCCCGUGACUACCCGCCUCCCCAGCCGUUCUGCGCCUGCGCGGCAACGACAGAUGACACGUCCCAGCCAGACGGCUUCGGAGACAUCCUCAGUCUCAUCAACAGGCUGCCUGAUGCCGCGGGGUCAAAGUGCAACCCUGUCAUCCAGACUUGCCCAGAGGAGAAAUGCGACCGGCGUGACCACGUCCGUAAGGCCACCGUCAUCAAUUCUCCCAACCUCACAGCCAACUACAGCAACAAGAUCUCACCUAGGAACCCCGCAUCACCUAGGGAGAGAACAGAUUUUGAUCAGUAUGCCCUCCUAGGAGGUGAACAUACACUUAACGAGCGACCUCAUUCUGGCCAAAGUGACGCGACAAAAAAUCACACAGAUGGACCACAUAGACCUAAAAACCCUGACAGAGACUUUCUGUCUGUCUUAAAAGAGGAAGCCUUGCUUGUACCAGAGGAAGAUGAGGAGAAAAAUCCAGCUCUGAACGAACAUGGCAUCCCCAUACCCAGCAUUCUCCGUGACUUCAGAAGGCGGCAUCGUCAUAGCGGACAUGCACGAGUGGGAAACACAAACCCACUUCAGUCCCAGUCAACAAGAAGACGUCAGAAACGCCAGGAUAUCGACGAGUUCUUUCCUUUUGAAGGAAACGAGAUUGAUUUCGAAUCCGGGUCGUACUUCUUUCCCGGAGAUUUCAUCCUUACCGACCUUUCUCCUGUCAUUCCAAGAUGGCCGACGCAGAGCGGGAAAACCGAUGGUGAAGUUCGAAAUAUUUGCACGUCGAACCUUCUCAAUGCGACCUUGGGGGAGAUUUGUGGAGACGUCCUUGGCAACAAGGUCGACAACAUCGUGGACAUCUGCAUGAAGGACGUUCUGCUGACUGACGACCCUGCCUGGGCGCGUGAUGUGCUCCCGCUGCUGGAGGCCCAGUGCGAGGAGGCAGCAUUACGUGACAUGUCGCUCUGGGAGAAAGACGAGAAGGGCGUUCUGGUUCCCAACAGGAAAAUCAGCAGGUUCCUGAACUGCCCGAACUCCUGCAGCGGCCACGGGGCCUGCACAGAUGAUGGCUGCGUGUGUGAUGCAGGGUUCACGUCUUAUGACUGCAGUGUUUCGCAAAAUGAGGCCCCCCAGGUGUUUGGUCUGGAGGAUAACGGUCUGUGUGACAUCCGCAUGGACCUGUGUACGCGGGCCGGCGCGCUGGGGAGGGGCUUCCGCAACCAGCCGGGGAUGGGCUGCCUCGUCACACCUGUAACGUACUCUGAAGGCUCUUGGAGGUUGAGUGGAGCCGCCAUCUUCACCACAGCAACCUACGUCAACUUCCGCUCCGUGUCCUGCGCUAUCCCAGCAUCCCCUGUCACCGUUUCCGGCGGACACAGUGAAACUUCAGGCUGGCAAAUAAAGGUAUCCAAUGAUGGCACAACGUUCAGUGAGGCUGCCCUGUUUGUGACGUAUGACUCUGUCUGCCAGGACUGUGACCAGUCUAUUCCUGGGCUCUGUAGGAUAAAGAACAACACCUGUAUCAUCAACGGUCGUUGCUAUGGCAGCAGGGAGCCCCGCCCCGGCAACAAGUGUGAGCAGUGCCUGCCACACAGGAGCACCGAGAACUGGUCUGUCAGGGAAGGAAACCUGCCGCCAGUGUUACAGAUCCCAGCAGAAGUUGCCUCUUUUGUUGGAGAAGACUUCGUGUACGAGCUAAAGGCCGUUGACCCCGAGGGUUCACAGAUCCUGUUCUCACUUCUCACGAGAAAUGAGGAGAUCUCGCUCACCCCCGUCGGCCUGCUGAUGCUGAAACCAGAGAGAGCGCUGAGACAACCGGUGGAGUUCACCAUCACAGACGAGUGCAACUCUAUCAGCAGAUUUGAGAUUACGGUAGACGUGAAGCCCUGUGAAUGUGGAAACGGAGGAAGUUGCGUCACCGACAUCAAGUACCCUGCGGGAAGUGGCAUGUACAUGUGCGUGUGUCCGCCCGGUUUCCAGGGAGACCGUUGCCAAGACAACGUGGACCACUGUAACCCAAACCCCUGUCUCCAUGGCGACUGCACAAACACCAAGGGAGGUUUUGCUUGCGAAUGUGAGAAAGGAUACACAGGUGAGCGUUGUGAUGAGGAUAUAGAUGAGUGUGCUGCGGACCCCUGCUACCCUGGAGUGCGAUGUGUGGACCUGGUCGGAACAUUCUCCUGCGGGAAGUGUCCAAAAGGCAUGAUGGGAACUGGGAUCCAGUGUACAGACAUAAACAGCUGUGCCAGCGGUCCGUGCUUUGCAGGUGUGGCCUGCCACGACAAACGUGCACCUGAGACAGGCUACACCUGCGGCAGCUGCCCACCUGGUUUCCAUGGCGAUGGGGUCACCUGUGUCUACUCACCUGUGCAGGAACGCAGAUUAGGGCUGCCUAUAGUCCUGAGCCCAGUUGUCCAGGCCGGAGCUUGUGUGUCUAACCCAUGUUUCCCCGGCGCGCAGUGUGAGCCUCUGCCAGACGGGUUCAUCUGCGGGCAGUGUCCCGAGGGAUACUCCGGGAACGGGAAGGAGUGCUUUGCCAUGUGUGACUGGCCGUGUAUGCGGAACAUGAAGUGUGUGGGGCUGAACACCUGCAUCUGUCGGGAGGGCUACUCGGGUUACCAGUGUCGCCAGGCCGUCUGCAAACCUGACUGCAGAAACCGCGGCCGCUGCGUCAAACCCAACGUCUGCAGCUGCAUGCCGGGAUACCUGGGACCCACCUGUGAACAGGCUGAAUGUGUGCCCCCUUGUGAGCACGGAGGGAAGUGCAUCGCCCGAAACGUCUGCUCCUGUCCCUACGGUUACGUUGGCCCGCGAUGCGAGACAAUGCUGUGCCGUCACAACUGUCAGAACGGAGGUGUGUGUGUCGCGCCUGACGUCUGCAAGUGUCCGGCUGGGUACGUCGGACUCACCUGUGAGACAGCUGACUGCAGCCCAGCAUGUAAGAACGGUGGAGUGUGCUCCAGACCUGGACUCUGUGCCUGUCCUCCGGGGUUCUUUGGCAGGAGGUGUGAGAGAGGAGUAUGCAGACCAAACUGCCAGAACGGAGGAGAGUGCAUGCGCAGGAACAUGUGUCACUGUAAACCUGGGUACAGGGGGAGCCGCUGUCAGUUCAGUAUCUGUGAGCCUCGGUGUCAGAACGGAGGGAAGUGUGUGAAGGCCAACAGGUGCUCCUGUAAGUCUGGAUUCACGGGGAGGAGGUGUGAGAAAGCUAUCUGUGUGAACAGAUGUCGUAACGGCGGCUCCUGUGUGAAGCCUAACGCCUGCGCCUGUCUGCCUGGCUUCAAGGGAGCUGUGUGUCAGACAGCUGUAUGUAAGCGGAGGUGUCUGUACGGCGGCCGGUGUGUGGGACCUGACAAGUGCUACUGCAGGCCUGGCAGGGGAGGGCAGUACUGCAACAAAAGGAUACCCAGAUAACGGAAUCAUCAUCAGGUGGUGACAUCAUCAUUUUGUACAUAGAACAUCAGCGGGAGUGGGACAUUUUAAAUCGCCAUGGAAACACCAUGGAAACGCCUUGAGAAGUGACAUGAAACACACCAAGAUUUUACCUCGAAAUAUGUCCACUUGUGGCUUUGGAAUAAGUAGCCACAUUUUAUUGUAUUUAGUGUCAACAAAUAGUUUACCAUUUUGUUUCUUUUAUCAGUUUUCCUGUUUUGUUCUUGUUCUUGUUGUAAUAUCAGAUGUAAACUUCAAUGUUUUGGGCAACAAUACGUACUAUUUAAUGGUAUACUUUUAAAAAUAUAACUGUUAGGUUUGAACAUUCCUUAGAUGAAGGUCAACUUAAAAUGA